AAAGAAGAGAAAACUGCAUCAUUUGGUAUUGUUUGGUAUUAUGAUGAUGAGGAGGACACCUUACUGAUUCUCGAGGAAAGCCCACGAUCACUUGCGGCGAAGACAAAACUGCGAAAACUAGGAGAAAUUUCAUUCAUCGGAUUCAUCCUUGUCCCUCUUCACGGUAUUCUAGACUUAAACCGUCACAGCCCCAAAAACCCCAAAAUCUCAAGGCCAAAACCCUAGAUAUUUGUUAGAAGACCGCAAAUCUUGAAGGGGAAUCGGGGGGAGUGAAUGGAGAUUGAGGAGAACAAGAGGCAACAGUGUCGUUCUUCGGAGGAUGGAAGCGAGAGCGGCGACUACACGUCGGAGGACGAAGGGACGGAAGACUACAGGAGGGGAGGGUACCACGCGGUCCGAAUCGGCGACGCCUUCAAGAAUGGCCGCUACGUCGUCCAGAGCAAGCUUGGCUGGGGUCACUUCUCAACCGUCUGGCUCGCUUGGGACACCCAUUUCUCUCGAUACGUAGCUCUGAAAGUGCAAAAGAGUGCGCAGCAUUAUACUGAGGCGGCGAUGGAUGAGAUAACCAUCCUGAAACAGAUUGCUGAGGGCGACCCGGAUGAUAAAAAAUGCGUAGUGAAGCUUUUGGAUAACUUCAAGCAUUCGGGUCCUAACGGGCAGCAUGUUUGUAUGGUUUUUGAGUACUUGGGGGAUAAUCUUUUGACUCUUAUCAAGUAUACUAAUUACCGGGGUAUGCCCAUUAAUAGGGUGAAGGAUAUCUGUUUUCAUAUUUUGGUGGGGUUGGAUUACUUGCACAGACAGCUUUCUAUCAUACACACUGAUUUGAAACCAGAAAACAUAUUGCUAAUGGCAAUGAUAGACCCUGCUAAGGAUCCGAGAAAGUCAGGUGCUCCUCUAAUUCUUCCAAAUAGCAAGGAUAAGGCCGCAAUGGAGUGUGCGGCUGUGAAGGAAAACAAGACCUUAAAUGGGGAUUUGACUAGGAACCAGAAGAAAAAGAUUCGAAGAAAGGCAAAGCGAGCAGCUCAGGGCUGUGUGGAGAAGGAAGUUUCAGCCGAAGCUGAGGCAGAUCCAGAAUCAUCUGGUGCUGUAGAGUCUUCUCCUAAUGUGAAGUUGAAUGUGGGUUCUGUAGAAGACCAGCCUACUAGUUCUGUCAAUACAGAUAGAUUAUCAGAUGCUGAUGGAACAAAGGGCACUGGGCAAGGGAAUCACAGUGCCAAGCGUGGAAGCCGCUUGAAUAGGCAGAAGUUAUUGGCAUCAGUUGACCUCAAGUGCAAGUUGGUUGAUUUUGGGAAUGCAUGUUGGACAUACAAACAGUUCACGAAUGACAUUCAGACAAGACAGUAUAGGUGUCCAGAGGUGAUCCUCGGAUCUAAAUAUUCUACUUCAGCCGAUCUCUGGUCAUUUGCUUGCAUUUGUUUUGAGCUUGCAACUGGUGAUGUACUCUUUGAUCCCCAUACUGGCGACAACUUUGAUAGAGAUGAGGAAAGGGAAAGGGAAGGGAAGAGAAAUGGAGAGAUUUCCCUUAUCUCCAAGCCCACCAUGUGGCUCCUCCCUAUAAGGGAGGAGAUGAAGGGAAGUAUAUAUGUUUCUGUCCGAUCUUCUCUGGAAGUUGCAAAUAAUUAAUCCCAGGGUGCAGCUUUGUGGUCAAAUGUCGGGUUUGGGAUGAGUCUUAGAGAGUUAGACAUCUUGAGUCCAAUCCCGCACGUGGAGUUUCCCUGGAUUGAUGCAUGGUUUUGGCAGGUAAGGUCAUGUAUUCGAGAUUUAUUCCCCAGGGGUGGGUUUGAAAGAGCCCCGCCUUGGUGAGGUUCCAUGUGCUAAAUACCCCAACGAAUCUCUACAUGACUAAUAUCUCUUCAAUUGAGCAUAUUUAUAUAUGGUAAAAUGGCAGAACUGUCAGUUACUUGUCACGUGAUAAGCAGACAUGUCAUCAUAGAUGCUGCUUACAUAACCUAAAAGCUAUUUGAGCCAUAUGUUGCAUUAUUUGUCUUGAUUGGAGUCAUUUGAAUGAUGAAAGAACAGUUUAUUUCCAUCGUAAUUUCUAGUUUAUUGAAGGGAAAAAGAAGCAGUUCAGUUUCUUGC